AGCCCUCAUCUCCCUCCUCCCUCCUUCCUCCACGCCUACAGUCUUUUCGCUCGGGAGCAUCUGACUGACCUUGUAUCUUCCUUUUCACCGGUCAACAACAAUAAUGAUGAAGGCUUCCUUUUUCCUCCCCUUGCUUGCCGCCUCCUAUGUCGCCGCCCACGGAUACGUGCAGAAGGUGACCAUCGAUGGUACCGAAUACACUGGUCCAACCGUCGAUUCUGGCAGUACCGAUGGGAUCACUCGCGAAAUCUCUACUCAGGAUCCCGUUAAGGGCGCGACGAAUUCCGACCUUACCUGUGGGCCAGGUUCCACCGCUGGCACCCAAGUUGCCGACGCCAAUCCUGGCAGCACCAUUGAGUUCUUGUGGACAGGUGCUAGUGGCUCGGCGUGGCCCCACAAUGUCGGACCAAUGAUGACCUACAUGACCAACUGCGGCAGUUCGUCAUGUGCUGACUACGAUACAAAUGGUACGGAAUGGUUCAAGAUUGACGAAGUUGGGAGGACCGAUGGCACAUGGGGGCAAGCCGCUCUCAUGACUGGUACCGCUGCCAAUGUGACCAUCCCAAGCAACCUCGCUCCCGGCAACUACAUUAUCCGCCACGAGAUAAUUGCGCUCCAGUUAGCUCAGACAGAAGGGGGCGCAGAGUUCUACGCGUCGUGCACUCAGCUCAAAGUUGGUGGCUCUGGUACCGGCACUCCUUCCAGCAGUGAUCUCGUUCAAUUGCCUGGAGCCUACAGCGACACUGAUCCUGGUAUUCUGAUCGAUGUCUACGAUGAUACGACUGCUUCCUACACAUUCCCUGGCCCAGCGGUUGUCGACCUCAGCGGCGGCAGCUCCAGCGCUUCCGCUUCCGCCACUCAGUCUGCGUCCGCUACCUCCACGUCCAGCAGCACGUCAUCUGGCUCAACGGGAGGCUGCAAGCUCAGGAAGCGCACGAAUACCAACAGUACCGCCGUACUCACCAAGAGGGAAACCGUCGCCAAGAGACCCCGCCAUGUAUCUAGGAUCAUGCGCGGAUUGGAUUUUUCUUCUCACAGGCAUUAACGCGCUAGUCUGCGUCUUUUGCUCACGCUAGUUCGUGUUGUUUUGGCCAUGCUAGUCCAUGGUUUAUAUCUUCUGCGUGUUGAUAUCUUUUUUACACUUUAUAUCCUCUACGUCUGCUCACGACCAUGACCUUCUCACUCUCUCGUUAUUUGGCACACUCUUGUAUUGCUAUCGCUCAUUAUCUGUUGCGGCUAGUACGUGACAUUGUAAUAAUAGGUUGCAUGGUUGUAGACUAGACAUCCCCCUCACAUACACGUAGUAAUACAUUGAUUAUUGAUUGAUCAUUAACCAGUAAUAUGGUGUCAUCAAAUUCUCGACAUUGAAC